UGCUAAACAUUUGCAGUCGCGGGCCCGGUGAGUCAGCAAGCCCCUGCGGUGUCUGGUCGGGCAAGCUCAGUCUAGGCAGUUGCCUCUCGCAGGAUGGAGGGGGAGAGAAGGUGACACAAGGGUGGGCAUGAUGGAGGACAGUGGGGAGGGCCCCGAGGGAGACAGACCCGCCGACAAUCGAGGGUUUUCUACACCUCCUCCCGGCGGAGUUAGUCUUGAGGAUGUUGCGAGAGAGCUUGUUGACAAGGAAACAAAAACCACGGAUGAUGGUGAUGAUGAUGAUGUGGCCAUGGCAACAGGAGAUAAAGCGAGCACGGAUGCUGACCACGAGAAAACUGAACAGACGACCAUGAAAGACGAGGUAGCUACGGAAAUGAAGAACCCAAAGAAUGUCCGAAAAUGUGAUGAUGAGACGGCCAAGACAACAUCCACGGGAAGAGGUCUCGUCAGGAUUUUCGUCAGACGCCGAAACAAGCAGGACAAAGAAGCGAAAAAUAAGGAAAGCCGGAAGGAAAGUAGGAGUGAGAAGAAAAUCAAGAAACAGGAGGAAAGAAUGAAAAAGCACUCCAAGAUUGUCGUCUGUAUCUUUGCGUGUUGUUGUGUGCAGCCUUCCGAGUGAUAGAAAUUGAUUUUUGUGGUGUUUAUGCAGAUUCGGUACGUGAGCACGAGGGGGCGUUGUUGUGCCUAGUCGUAUUUGUUCGUAUCGAUAUCGUCCCCAUCGCCUUUUGGCCAAAGUUACCACUAUAAUUAUAUCCGUUGGACAAUUUUUCGCGAUGAAAACGCCGAUUCGCAGAGCGUACAUGUUGGUUUGUGGCACUUGUUACCGUGCUAUAUGUGUAUAUGUGGGAGACUUCGGUCUGGUAUCAUCUUCGUCGUCUACGUACAGUCCAAGGCUCAUAAUAAUCCUGAUGCUUUCAAACCCAAAGAGAAUGACCUUGUGUGACAGAAUUUGGUGUCUUUAUAAUCAGAAAAUGAACACAAGACAUGAAUAUGAGCCCACGGUGGAAACGUUAAGUGUCCUCAGUCGCUCUCUCCUUUUUAACGUUGAGGGCUUCACUGCGGUGCACGGUACAGAUCGAGUCCAUAGCCCUAAAACCGCUUGACCCGAAUUGGUACAUAUUAAUUAAUAGUUUAUGCAAUUAAGAGAGACGCCAGUGUAUGCAAAAUGUAAAUGUAUAAAAUUAGGUACGUCAUUGCAACUGAAUAUGCGUGUUUGGAUUAUAGUAAUAAUAAGCAGCGUCAAUUAUGGGAUGUUUAUGCAAGUUUAGUCAUGCAAAAUACGUCAAGUUCGUGCAAUAGACUGAUCCAUUAAAAAGUACCGCCCCCUGACGUUUGACCAAUCACAGCCUUGGUUU